CUUGGGGUUCCACGAUAUUAUAUAUAGAUCAUCGGAACAAGGAGAUUAGGACAAAGCUAACCCAAAAGAAGCUCUUCACUUUCACCUUCAGAUGUUCUAAUAAGUACUAAAACAACCCUCCGAUAUCAUCUUUAGCGGUCAAUUCCAUGGCGGAGAUGGAGCCGGAAACUACGCUAGGCGGAUCCCUCCUGGUUCCGUCAGUCCAGGAGCUGGCUGAGCAGCCUCUAACCUCUGUGCCAGAGCGAUACAUCCGUACUGAUCAAGAACCUCCGUCCAUGGCGUCCGACUGCCAUAAGGAAAUCCCAGUCAUCGACAUGCAAAGGCUAUUGAUUUCUGGUGAUUCAGUGGAAUCGUCGGCUGAGCUUCAUAAGCUUCACAGUGCGUGCAAAGACUGGGGAUUCUUCCAGUUGAUAAACCACGGAGCGAGUUCAUCAGUGGUGGAGAAGGCGAAGCACGAGAUCAAAGAAUUAUUCAGACUCCCAAAGGAAGAGAAGAAGGAGCUUUGGCAAGAGCCCGGUGAUAUAUCGGGAUUUGGGCAGGCAUUCGUGGUGUCCGAUGAACAGAAACUCGACUGGGGAGACCUCUUCUACAUGGUCACCCUUCCUCCCCACCUGAGGAAACCCCAACUCUACUCUAAGCUUCCUCAAUCUUUCAGAGAGACAAUGGAGGCAUACUGCGGAGAGGUCAAGGACCUUGCCAUGAAGAUCCUAAAUUUUAUGGCAAAAGCACUGGAGAUGAAUGCAGAGGACAUGAAGGUGCUGUUCGAAGAGGGAAUGCAAGCAAUCCGGAUCAACUACUACCCUCCAUGCCCACAGCCUGAGCAAGUGAUUGGCCUCACUCCUCAUUCCGACGCCGUCGGAUUGACCAUCCUCAUCCAAGUCAACGAGAUCGAAGGGCUACAGAUCAAGAAGGGCGGGAUGUGGGUCCCCGUCAAACCCCUGCCCAACGCCUUUAUCGUCAAUGUUGGUGACGUUUUGGAGAUUGUGACCAACGGGAUAUACAGAAGCAUAGAGCACAGAGCAACCGUGAACUCCACGCAAGAGAGGCUUUCCAUGGCCACAUUCCUCAACCCAAAACUGGAUGGAGACAUGGGGCCAGCGCCAAGCCUUAUUUCUCCCGAUACCCCGGCUCUGUUUAAGAGAAUCGGUGUUACCGAUUACUUCAAAGGCCUGUUCUCGAGAGAACUCCAAGGAAAGUCUUACCUCGACGUCAUGAGGAUUCAGAAUGAUUGAAGACUAGAUUUCACAGUCGGCACGGGUUUAGAACAAGUAAUUUGAAAAUGAAGUUCAUAUCCGUAUUCAGAACAAUUCACGAUAUGUGUCACUCUCGUAUUUGCUUUUUUCUCCCCCGCUAAUUUUUUUAAAAAAAUAUUUCGACAAAGUUUAUUCCUCUUUCA